CAAAGCUACACGUAUAUCGUGACGUAUUACGCAGGAAGUAUCAAGUCUAUGACAGCCUGGCACUGUUUUGAUUUUCAGUUUACAGGGAAAAUCGAAAAUGAGAAGAGCACACGCAAAUAAUGAAGGAGGAUAUUACCAACCAACAGCUCAAAUGCUUGAAUCGGAAAAUGACCGCAGAGAACAGGAGUUGUCAAGCAAAGUGUCAGCCCUAAAAUCAUUGACAAUUGACAUUGGGAAUGAAGUCCGAGAGCAAAAUAAAUUCCUAAAAGAAAUGGAUGAAGAUUAUGAAAAAUCUGGAAAUCUCCUUCAGUUUUCUAUGGGUCGAUUAAAAGCCAUCACAAAAGCCGGGGGACCAAAGCUCUGGUGUUAUAUGUUUCUGUUUUGUUUAUUUGUUUUCUUCCUUAUAUGGGUGAUUGUUAGGUUCAGGUGAUCCAGGUUAGACUACUGGCUUUUUGUUUUGAAUUAUUGUUGUUGCCAAAUCAUAUACACUGAUUUUUACAUUUACUGGUAUAAGACUAGUUCAUAUGAAAGGUUUAAAUGACCCAGGAACUCUGUUACUCACAUUUUUUUCUAAAAAAAAAAAAGCCUUAAUUUAGCCAAUUGUGCAAUGAGAGCAAACUUUUAACACUUAGAAUAAAGGAACAUCUUCCAUGGAAUAUUAUAUACAGUUGAACUUCAAUAUCAUUGAUGUCUUGAAUACCAUGAAUUUAUCAAAGUCAUUUGGAAGUACAAACUACUUUUUGUCAAUGUAUUUUACCCUCAUUGUCUCGAACCCAUGGAUAUCUAAGUUUUUCAUCGGUUCCAUUGAGUUCCAGAUAAUGAAGUUUGACAGUAUAUACAGUCAAACCUUGGAAUUCUGGAAUUGAUGAGGAUGAAAUUUUUUUUUUGAGUGUAAUUUAACAUGUAAGAUGUUGACAGCAUUUUUUUUUCUCAAGUAGAAGAUGUCAGUCAUCAUACAAAUGUUCAUACCAUUGUUUUAUCAUAUUCAACACCAGUAAAUUUUAUCAUUUAAUUUUUAUUUAAAAAUAUUUUUUCAGCAUUUUGUCAAGCAUAAAAUGUUAGUCAAUAUACAUUUUAAAGCCAACAUUUGAUCAUGUUGAUUUAUAUUACAGGUAUUUAUUUAAUUUUUGGUAAAAAUAACAUUUUUGCCAAAGCCAUAUUUCAGUAUUGUGAGGGUUGCUCUGGAAAUUUAUGAACAUAAGACACAUUUUUCAGAGAUUUGUAUGACAGAAAAAAAAGUUGUGUUCAUCAUAAGUAACAUUUAAUUAUCUGCAGUCAUGGUAAAAUUUCAUCCUGCAUGUAAUGUGUUUUCUAACAAUGAUUUGACAUAAGGUUUUUUAAUUUUCUUUCAAAUAUAGCUCAUUUUUGCAAAAUGUCUACCUUGCUGUUUGGUCAAGUCAUUCAAUUCUGAUAUUGUACCUUUUAAAAUGGUCAACAGAGCAGACAAUUCAGACUUUUUACUGAUUUUUUUUUCAAAGCUAGGAAUUAUUGUAUGGUGAACCUCCACACUAAGAGUCAUGUUCUUGGUUGUUCAAUAGUAUUUACGUAUGUGACCACUUGCUCUAUUUUUAUUUUCAAUUAAAAGUGCCAUUCCUGAGGUCAUUGCAGUGCUAAUUGAUAAUGCCAUUAUACACUCAUUUGAAGUAGCAUUGUUGGCCAGUUGAAAAUACAGUUGAACUUCGGUAUCUCGAACACUGAUAUCUCGAAUACCAUGGAUAUGUUGAAGUGAUUUGGAUGUCCCAACCCCUCAUUCUUUUUACCCUUGAUAUCUCGAAUCCCCAGAUAUCUCGAAGUUUUUUUGCAGUCCCAUCAAGUUUGAGAUAAUGAAGUUUAACUGUACAUCACCAGAUCAGUGGCACGUUGAUACUAGAGUUGUGUAGUGAGACCUUUCAGAAUUAUUCCUUGAGUGAUUCCAUACUAUUGUACUAUAAAUCAUAUUUGACAUAGAAUAACUUUGAUUGUUUGUAUAUUUAUGGAGAAUUUUUGUUUUUUGAUUUAAUCUUCAGAAGUUGACUGCUUCAAAAUAGUAUUCCUUGUACAUGUAUAAUCUGCAAUACAUAACAUGCCAUUUAUAGAUAUGUCACUACUGAGUUAGUUUUUGAGAUGUAAAUUAUGUAAAAUAACCAGGCAGGUGAAAAUGUGCAAUCAAGUAAGAUUUAUAAUGUAAAAUUAUCAUUUCAAUUGUGGACUACAGUAAAUAAUCUUUCAUUUGUGUGCUAUGAACAAUGCAAGUUUCAGGAUAAUGUAAAAAUGGCAGAGGCUUUUUGCCAAGUAAAAAGUAAAAAUUGGAAUCUUAUUACUAUAUGUAUGACAAUUUCAUGAAGACAGUAGUCACAAAGGAAAAUUGAAUUAAAAAUUUUUAAACUUUUGUUCACUCCAUUUUACCAUCUCAUUAUUGGUGUGAUGUUUUGCUCAGUGCAUGAGCCUGUAUGUGAUGUUGCCAUGACAUAGUAAUAAAUGAUUUUAUGAAACCUAAAAAGAGGUCUCUUUAAUUUUUU